GCCCUCAGAUGUGCAGAAGACCAUGGCGGGGCAGAGCAUCGGAGGUCUCUUGUACGCGCUCUUCUCCGGGCAGCCGCUGGUGGUGCUGCUGACCACCGCGCCCCUGGCCCUCUACAUCCAAGUAAUUGGUGGCAUCUGUGACGACUACAGUCUGGACUUCAACACCUUCUAUGCGUGGACGGGCCUGUGGAACAGUUUCUUUCUCGCGCUUUAUGCCCUCUUCAACCUCAGUCUGAUCAUGCGUCUCUUCAAGAGGUCGACAGAAGAGAUCAUUGCCCUGUUCAUUUCCAUCACGUUUAUGCUGGAUGCUGUCAAGGGCAUGGUCAAAAUCUUCCAGAAGUACUACUAUGACCACGACUUUGGGAACCACUACACAGACAGCACUCCCCUGGUGAGCCUGCUGGGCCCCAGCACCACCCUCAAUACCAGCCUCCACCCUGCCCUCAACACCAGCCUCCUGACCAGCCUGCCACAGCUGAUGUCCGGGAGCCACCCCACCGAGCGCCUGGGCCGGGAGACCGCCAUGCUCAGCCUUCUCAUCAUGCUGGGCACACUGUGGCUGAGCUACACCCUCUACCAGUUCAAGAAGAGCCCCUACCUGCACCCCUGCAUGCGGGAGAUCCUGUCAGACUGCGCCUUGCCCAUCUCGGUGCUCACCUUCUCCCUCAUCUGCUCCUACGGCUUCCGGGAGAUCAAGAUGAGCCAGUUCCGCUACAACCCCAGCAAGAGCCUCUUUGAGGUAGCCGAGAUGCACUCCCUGUCCCUGGGGGCCAUCGCCGGCGCCAUGGGCCUGGGCUUCCUGCUCUCCCUGCUCUUCUUCAUCGAGCAGAACUUGGUGGCUGCCCUGGCGAACGCCCCGGAGAACAGGCUGGUAAAGGGCACCGCCUACCACUGGGACCUCCUCCUGGUUGCCGUCAUCAACAGCGGGCUGUCUCUGUUCGGCCUGCCCUGGAUCCACGCUGCCUACCCGCACUCCCCGCUGCACGUGCGGGCGCUGGCGCUGGUGGAGGAACGCGUAGAGAACGGGCACAUUUACGAGACGUGA